AAGAAAAGGCCAAAAUGCCACUACUCCUAUCAUUAAAAGCAAACAUAAGGUUACAUGCCUUUAUAGACCCACUACAAAAAUUAAACAUGGUCAAACUGAUGCUUUACGGAGAUGCAUGGCUAUUAAUUGCAAAUGAGGCACAGCUGUGUCGGGCCAAGAGAGAGUGAGAGAAAGAUAGAGGAAGUGUCAAUGCACUGUGACAAAAAUUCAAGAUCAGACUGAGACAAUUUAAAACACAGGCUGCUGCUCUGUGACCCACAAUGGGAUGCUAAAUAGGCGGUAAACUAAACCCAGAUCAACAAUAGCCAUGGCGCACAGUGAGAGCUUCAGAGUCAACAUGUCACAGGAAGAAGACUUAGACUAUGAGUGAGUAUCUUUCUUCAUUUGUGAUAUUUUCUGUGCUAGUUUUUACUCUGAUGAACUGAGUGAUUAUUUAGUGUUAAGUAAGCAGCUCAGAUCACAAUGUAAAUUUCACACAUGAUGAGUUUGAUCCAGUUUUCUGUGCCUCUGUAUCUCCAAUUUUGAGCAAUACUGCUUUGAAACGCUUCCUACAAAGUUGAGGUUUCUUUAUUAAAAAGGAGAAACUAUUUCAGUCUUAAUAGAAGAAGUAUCUUAAAGUGAAAGAAGUGAAAGAUUGAAGAUUCAUCGUGCCCCAUAUGCUGGUGCUGAACACCUCGUUGUUUUUGUCCUUUAGGAACAUGGAAGUGGAUGAACUAGGUCAGGACCCAGCAGCCAGCAGUGAGGGAUGUCCUGAAACCAUCCAGAUGGAUAUUUUAAGAAAAGGUGCAAACACAGAAAGUCCCUCUUUUACUUAUUUUAUCUCAGUACAGCUGAGCAGAGAAACUUUCACAUGUUUGUUUCAGCCUCUUGGUCGACCUCGAGCAGCGACACAGAGAGUGGGACACUUGACAUGGAGCAGAUGACAUUGAGAAGAAACUGUUGGUCGGCCGCCACUCUGAAAGUCCUCUCCUCGAUGCCCAGUCGUACCACCGGUUAGGUCUAAACCAAGUCUUUUGUUUUAAUAAUGUUGACUGUUAACCAUAGCUUCAAAGAAAGAUCCAUGUCCACACAGGGCCGCAUACUGCUGCAGUUAUUUCACAGUGUAACAGACGGCAAACCACCUUCCAGGAACCCUCUCAACCCUUUAGACCAAACCAGGAUGGCUUUGCGCCGGGAGAUAUGGAGGAAAUAAACACAGAAGGUAGACAGAAACAUGUUAAUCUGUCUACUUUUCUAGUAGUUUUUAUUUUUAAAAACCUAAUUUUUGAUUUGUUUUGGUUCACAGAAAGCAAAAUCGAGCAGUUGGCGUCCAAUCUCAAAGGCGUCUCAGUAAGUGAGGGUAUGCGCAAACUGCGAGCUAUGCCGCUUAGCCUGCUGGAUAAGAAGAAAGUCAGGUAGGCGGCGGCGUCAUUGAAGGAUUUGUGAUUAGUUUGUCAUCUUCAAAUUUUUCAUGGUCACUUUAGGUUGCAUUAUUUUGGAAGAACGUUCUCAUUUGAUACUCUGACCCAGAUUCAUGUGCAUUUGAAAACACUCAAAGGCCUUGAACUUGAACUAUUUUUAAGGCGUCUGUCUCGUAUCAUUCCUUAGACAACUUGCUUUUCGUGGCGUAGCUGAGAGUUCACUCAUCAGCAGAAAUAUCCCGUGUUACAGCCGCCUGAGGGUUUACAUGUCCAGGGUGAGUACACAUUAAAAUAAACCCAUAUUUCUCAUUGUGUUUCAAUCUAACACUCGUAUCAUUCUCCCCUCAGACUUGGCGCAACUGCAUGUUUAACUGCCUCCCCGUCCUCGCCUCCCUCAAACUGUGGCAUUCACCCAUGAAGACACUGAGCGGCCGUUUUGGUACCGGGGUGCUCUCCUACUUUCUGUUUCUGCGGACCCUCCUGCUCUUCAACCUCCUCCUCUUCGUCAUUAACGGCCUAUUCCUGGUCUUCCCCCAAGCGGUCCACCCUCCUCCUCCUCUUACUGACUCUGAUGCCGACGAUUUCAGCGCUCUUGAGCUCCUUUCAGGCACGGUAUGAUGGCUUUGUGUUAAAUCAGAGAAGGACAUUCAAUGGUAGUGGGAAUUGGAUAUGUUUCUCAGCUUUGCAGCCAGCCAUUGUGAGCAAUCGCCAACAGUUGGUGCUUAAAAGGAUUUCCCUUUUCUGUGAACUGCCUUUGUUUACAACUCAAACGGCAAUUUAGGAAGCCAAGCUGGAGUUAAAGUGGACUGCAGUUUUAGAACGAUAUCUGUAUGAGAGAUGGAUGAAAAGCUAAAUAGUUCUGUUGGUAUUGAGGAGUGCACUAAAGCUUAUGUUUUCUUGCAUUUAGUUGAUGCACUAAAAUGCUAAAAGACAGGAAAGAGAUUGUUGUAUUUUUAUUGUCCACCUGAUGAGCACCAAAGCUCUUUGACUCUCAUCAUCUCUUGUACUGAUCUCUUCUUAAAAAGGCAUAAUUUUCAGUGACUUCAACGAGUUGUCCCUGUGCGUUUUAUAAACAUCCCUCUGUGGCUCCUUUUAUAAACAUCGUUUUAUAAACAGGUCUAUACUGAUUCUCACAUAAACAUGAAAAAACCUCACUGGAGCUUUAAAAAACAACAAAAUGCAGCAAUCUAAAACAAUUAGGUUAAAAAUAGACUGAACAAACUGGUGAGGAAGGUUAGCUGUACACUGGGCUGCCCUUUGGUCUUUAUAAGCAUUGCGUCUGCCUACACCCUUUCGGUCAUAUUAUACCAAAAUAAACUCAUUCAUUUAUCACAAUGGCAAAUACCUACAUUAUUUUUCUCAGAUAUGAUAACCGUUUUUUUGUCAUUAUUGCUACUGUGAAAGGAUGAUGUGAAUAUUUCUGAUUAGGGUUAGUAAACACCGAUGGCGCUGCUGUUGCGAAUGUGGUGUGAAUGUGAAUUUCAGUGGCGCUCUCCCGAAGCACUUACCCAUCUGUUCUCCCUCACAGGGUUACCUCUCUCAGAGCUUGAUGUUUUAUGGCUACUACACCAAUGACUACGUCCACACCUGUCGAGCAGCUGGCCUGAGCCGCAGCUCCACUGAUGUAUCCUAUCAUCUGCCGAUCUGUGAAAAGGAUGAGCUUCAGAUAGUGCCGUACAGCAUACCCGCAGCCUACUUCUUCACCAUCCCCAUCGCCUUCUUCAUUAUCUGCAUCUUCCUGGUGUACAGGUGGGUCAACGAGUGGAUUACUUAUUGCAUCAUUUUUACCCAGUUAGCUUGAUCUUUCUCAUUGUUUUCCUGCAGUGUGUCCAAGUCCUUUGGGAGAAGUUUUCAAGUCCUCAAGUCCAACGGGAAUCUGGCUGUGAAGGUUUUCUGCUCCUGGGAUUUUAAAGUCAGCAAGGAGAUUUCUGUAAUGCUGCAGUCUGAGAAAAUCAGCACUCAGCUCAAAGUAUGCAAUCAUUUCAAUCAAUCAAUCAAUCUUUAUUUAUUAGGAUUUUUUUCUGUCUUUCUUUCUUUUUUCUUUGUAUUUGUUUCUCUUUUUCUUUCUUUCUGUCUUUUUUCUUUUUCUUACUUACUCUCUUUUUCUUUUUUCUUUUUCGUUUUUCUUUCUGCCUUUAUUUCUCCUUUUUCUUUCUUUCCUUCUUUCUUUCUUUUUUUAUACUUUCUUUUUUCUUUACUUUCUUUCUUUCUUUUUUCUUUCUUUCUUUUCUUUAUUUUAUCUUUCUUUCUGUCUUGAUUCUCUUUUUCUUUCUUUCUUUCUUUCUUUCUUUUUUAAUACUUUCUUUAUUAUUUACUUCUUUCUUUCUUUCUGUCUUUCUUUCUUUCUUUUUCUCUUUUUUCCCUGUUUUUUUUCUUUCCUUCUGUCUCUCUAUCUAUUAUUUAUUUUUCUAUCUCAAACUUGAAGAACAAAAACACAAACAAAAACAUGGAGCAAAAUGAUACAUAUGUACAUCACAAUACAGUGCUGGUCUAGACCAGACUCUAUUGACAAAGACCUAAUGUAAAGAUGGGAUAAGAUUGAGCCCCUGCUUGUAGGAUCAGACCUUCUCUUAUCUGUCUUUAACCAUAUGAGUGGAGCGCUUUGCAGCUUUAAUCAGAUUACACUGGAGAAGAAAAAGUUCAUUUUAACAGGCAGAAACCUCGAGCAGAAGCAGACUCAUGUAAGACAGUCAUCUGCUGCUACAAAAUAAAGUUUGGAUGAGUUUUGGGGCCAGGAGUAAUCGUUCUCACAAAUCAAAAAAGUGUAGAAAAAUUCAACAAUUCAGAUUCUGAUGAAUAAAAUACAAAUAUGAACAAAGUGGCUGCAAACUCCAUGACCUUCAAUGAAAGUCGUUUGCAUAGUCAUUUUUUAUCACACUAUCUCAGUUUGUGAACGUUGGCUCACACAGGAAGUUUUAGCAGAAGCGUUUCACACCCUCAUAGUGUACAAAAGCCUUUAAGUGUUGUAUUCUUAAAAUAUCUGCUCUAAAAUUAUCAAUAACACAGUAGCCUGCAGCUUCAACACGUCGUAGAGAUUAAUGGAUUUUGGCUCAAUGAACUGACAAACUUUUCUACACAGGAGCUGCUGUCUGAGAUGAUCAGUGGAGAGAAUGAAAAGAGCUGUACGCAGCGGCUCUGCUGCCUCAUAGUGCAUCUGGUAGCGUGGACUUUAUGUCUGGCCAGCAUCACCCUGGGAACCACAGGAGUCCAUUUCCUAUCUGAGGUAUAAAAACACCUUCUGUGCAGCCAGACAUGACAGAUGUUACCCAUCAGAGCAGCUGUAGGGGUAUUUUUCCGAAGACUGUACCACAGAAAAUGACGAUGAAAAAGAUGCCCUUUCCUCUGCAGCUUAUCUACUUCUCCUUUUUGUUUCCUGACAGGCCUGUCAUACGUCUCGCACUGUUGAUUUUACAGAAUCAUUAUGCAUGACAGUCACACACAGAAGUUUAUUUAAGGCCCAUGUAGGAAGAGCUAAACUGUUUAGGUCAUGGCUUUGUAGGGAUCUUGCAGCUGCUCCUGAUACUCCCAUAUUUGUCCUGCAGAACUACAUUAAGCACAGCAAUUUCCAAGAAACAGAGCUGCUGCUCCUGUCUGCUGUGGUGUCGGGCGUAAACCUGCUGCUCCCCGGUCUCUUUAACCUGUGUGCCUGGAUAGAAAAACACGACUCACCCAGCAUUAGAGUUUAUGUCUCCAUCUUCAGGUGAGUGGGAGAACUGUGACGGCAUCAAACCGGAAAUCUAUCCAUUUAUUUAACAAGAUAAGAUUAGGAUAACUGAAAGGGAGGCAUGGCAAGGCUUUCAAUGUGUCAAUCAAGACAAGGUAAGAUAGAACUUUAUUGUGUUUCCACAGAAAUCUGAUCUGCACAGCAAACUCAACACAUCAGUCUUUAUUUGUAUGAUGCCAGUUCAUUUCUUCACAGAAGGAGCAGGCCUAGAACAUACUAUUGUUACACUAUUUACAAAGACCCAACAUUAAAGGUGGGGGAGAAAACUGGUUUGGAGGGGUAGUGUUUACAUUCAAGAUUUCUCCCAAAAACUGUCACUUCCUCAGAUCCUGCCUACCCCACCUUUAGUACACACCAGACAUGAGCAAACACUGGGCAACAGUGGUGAGGAAAAACGCACCAUACUUAUAACAGGCAGAAACUCUGAAAUACAGAGAUGGAUAAAGACAUAAAAGAACAAAAACAAGCAAGUGUUAAUGUGAAAUACAACCCCUUAAAGGACGAGGCGAGACCCACACAGAGCAUUAUCCUGCUUUUUACCCAGUUAUCAACCAAGACAGCAUGAAGUCACCUCAGUUAUGAUAGUUUUUCAUGUUUUUAUGGAAACAGAAUUAUCAGCCUGUCAAUGGGCUGAAUUAUCAUAAAAGCUCCAGUGAGGAACUUUCAGUCUGUGUAAUUUUGGUGCCCCCUUGUGGUGGAAGCAGUCUUUGCCUUUGCAUGCUCGAGUGGUAUCCCUUGCAAUAAAAUCUACUCCUGACUCCUGGUCAAAAAGUGAAUAUUAAAUGAAGCUUUGCCUUUGUGGACAGCUUCAUUUUAUUUCAUUUAACCUUUAAUUAACCAGGUAAGACUGUAGCACUUAUACUAACUAUAUGAUAUGAUGUUUGCACUUCCAGUGGCCGAUCAGAGAAAAGCUUAUCUUCUUUUAAAGUGGUUGUUUAAGUGCCGACACUCAUGCUUUAUCACCCAUGAAGGUGCUCCCAAACAGAUAAUCAGCUCAUUGUUUUCUCAGGAACCUGCUGCUGAAGGUCAGUAUUGUUGCAGUGCUCUGUUACCGCUGGCUGGGUAGAAUUGCUGUAAAACCAGAAAGUCGUGGUUUACAGGUAAAACCAGGAUCCUUUAUAAUUGAGCGUCUCAUAAUUACACCUUUGGCCCAACAAUGAACUCUGCUUUGUUUUCAACCUAAACUGUUGAUUUGUGGUCCGGUUGUGAUCAUUGGGGGUGUCUCUGUCGUCCACAGUGUUGGGAGAGCUUCGUGGGGCAAGAGCUUUAUCGCUUACUCCUCAUGGACUUUGUCUUCAAUGUGAUUUACACCUUCUUGGGAGAAUUCCUGUGGAGGCAAGUUGGUGCUUUACCCCCACUCCAUGUACCUUUUAAAACCCACUGACCAUUUGUAAUACCAAAACCACACAUCUUCUCUCUGUAGGCUCUUUUCCAAACGGGUGCUUAGAAAGAACAGGAAGCCGGUGUUUGACAUCGCUCGAAACGUCCUAGAGCUCAUAUACGGACAAACUCUGACUUGGUGAUUACACGUAAUUCAGUACUUUAAAAUGAUCACCCAUUUUAAAUAGAGACAAAAUCAAUAUACAUGUUUUUUUUGCAGGAUCGGGGUGCUUUUUGCUCCGCUUCUUCCAGCAGUCCAGAUCAUAAAGCUGUUUGUGCUGUUUUACAUGAAAAAGGUCGGUCCAUCAGAAGGUGCUGUUCCCACGUCCUAAAGUGUGUGUACUCAGAUUUUCAUGAUAACUUCGACAUUCCUUGUCCUCUUUCUUCCUCAGAGCAGCCUGCUUCUUAACUGUCAGGCCUCCAGGAAGCCCUGGAGGGCCAGCCAGAUGACAACUCUGUUCAUCUCUCUUUUGUGCUUCCCCUCAUUUCUGGGAGCUGCCGUGUCUGUGACUUAUGCAAUCUGGACGUGAGUGCGACAAACAAUGUCCCCCUCCACGUCUCUCUUAAUGACCAUGAUGCUCAGACGCAGUUUCGACACUGAAAGGCGUUUGCAAAUUCCUUAACAUGAGACACACAGAGCUCUCUAGAGGUGACGCUUUGAACAGAGCGAAAGUCAAGAGUAACCAAAACUGACCAAAACGCCAGUGUUUUAAAUUCAGAACAUGAUCGGCUGUGAGGCUACCUUUUUAAGGCCUCAUGCUCACUGCUUGUAACACUUCAUAACCUUUUCUAUAAGCUGUUAUGAACACUUGUAAAAGAAAAGCUUUAAAGGUGCAUUUAUAAAUGUUUUUUGUAUAUUUUCUAUAAAAAGAUGAUUAGGGCAAAUUCCUUUGUCUGCUCUCCUCAGGACCAAACCUUCGUCAAAUUGCGGCCCUUUCAGGAACCUCACCACCAUGUUCGAGUCAGGCCAGCUGUGGGCCAAGGAGCUGAAGGGCUCACACCCCAUCCUGUCCUGGCUCAGCUGGGCCUACAACUCUCUGCUGGAGAAUCCACUGAUCUUGUUCCUCGCCACUGGAGUCUUUCUGUGAGUUAAACCGACUUGUUUAACUUUUCAUUACAAUGAACAUGUUAGGAAUAAUAUUCUUACUUUUUAGACCUGUGGUGUUUUCUCCUUUUAUCAGGAUGGUGAUUUACUUUCAAGUCCAAGUUGUUGAUGGCCAGAAGAGAAUCAUAAAUCAGCUGGAGAAGCAGAUUGAAAAUGUAAGUGUAGCCAACUAUUUUUUAUAAAUAAGGUGAGAGAUUUGCAUUUUUUUGUUGCAAAUUUUAUUGGACAAUUCAGACUUAGACUACAGAACAUAAUAACUGAAAGGGCAAUCCUUACUAUAGAUGCUUAAAGAGUUUUAUUCUGCUUAUAAAACAGACUGAGGCUACAGUAGCUGCAGCGCUCCGACAAGCCAUUUAAAGGAUUUUAAGUGCGCCUUUUAUAGUGCGAAAAAUAAGGUACACAAAAGCAAACAAGACCACCGGUAACAAGCUCAAUGAUUUGGAUGUUGUAAUUUUGAAUGUCAGCUUAGUGUCUGAAGAUACUAUCUUGUUUUUAUAACUUCAACAUUAAAUAUUUAUGAUGAGUGAUACAUUUGACUGUCAAAAGUCUGCAGAAUUAUAUUUGUCCACAGGGGGCGCCAAAAUUGACCCAAACCUUAAGUUCCUGUCAGGAGCUUUAGACCUGUGAUCUUUUCAGCUGCACUUCAGAAAACGUGUUUUGUAUCUUCUCUUUUAGGAGGGUAAGGACAAAAAGUUCCUCAUCACCCAGUUGCAAGGCCUCUCUGACCAGAGCAGUCCAGUCCCCCCUCACAGAUAAGGCGAGGAAUUAAACAGCGCCUCACUUUGUGGUUGGGACAUUUUUCACGAUUUGCUUUAUUUUCAUGAACUUCUUUCUGACCUGUACAGACAAGCUUGGAAACACCGUCUUCCUUUUAAAAGUGUUUCCUCCUUCCCCCUGCAGUCUGUGGCUGAACAACAUUCACAACAUACUGGAACGAUCUGGAGAUAUUAUCUCUUCUGUGAUGAGCAGCUUCUCUUUGAUUCUCGGCACUCAGAUGUCAGCCUGUAUCAGAAACGUCACUUAAAGGAGCAGAAACACAAAUAGAUGAAGCUGAUAAGUGUGUUAUUUUAGGUGUUGUUAGUAUGUGAGUCAUUGUGAAAUACAUCAACAAUUUGAAGAGACAAAUGAGAUUUGAAUGCAUGUUACUGUUUGUAUUUAUUCAUGCACAGAGCUCCUGUGCUAUGAUGUAAACCUUUUAGAGGAGAUAUGUUGAUAUGAUAUAUGAAAUAUGGUAUGUUUUUUUAUAAAAAGACAGAAUAAAAUAUUACUGUUGGAAAGUCUUUGGUUUUGCAAGAACAAACUGUGUAUUUUGUUUGCAAAUUCAAGAAGCAGAAACUGAUCUGUUCUCUGGAAAUGCAGUUUCCUGUAUCUGAUUGGCACAAAACCAACAUGCACUUCUCCUGGUCCUUCAUCAGAAUGAAAUAUGAGACAAUGAUAGGCAUGUUUAAGUGUGCAGCACAUUCAGCCAAAAGGCAAUUUAAUGGUUUUUACACAUGACUUUAUUAAGAGGUUAGAGAAAAUACAUUAAAAGAAGACAUAAGAAGUGAAAACAAAGAGUAAAAGUUGACGACAGCAGUUGAAAU